AUCCUGACCCGAGAAGGUGUCGUCAACAGGCUUCUCUGCAAACAAGCACGGACACACGCAGUUUAGCAUUAAACACCAACAACAGCGCCGGGAUGUUUAACCCACACCACCACCAGCAGCAGCAGCAGCAGCAACAACAACAGCAACAGUUUCACCGUCACCUGCGGCAGCUUCAGCAACUGUUCCAGCAGCCCCCUCCCCCGCCGCCGCCUGCGCCACCACAACCGCCUCCAUCGCACCAUGCACCCAGGCAUCAUCAUCACCACCAAGGAGGACGGGCCAUGGCUGUACCAGGCCCUGCUCCUCCACCUCCCCAUGUGGUCAACCUGGCCACUCGAGCCUCCAUCAUGGCCCCCAACCCAAUGUUACAAGGGGCUAUAAUGAUGCAGCAGAUGCAAGGUAGCAUGCAGGGCUUUGCAGCAGUGAGUGGGCAGCAGUUCACCCAGUUCUUUGCUGCAGGGGCCCGGUCCUCUCUCAUGGGCCCUGUACCCAUGGGCAUGUCCAUGAAGACCCCCCACAUGGGCUUCCCUGCCCGACACUACCACCCCCACUCCCGCUACUACAACAACAACGACUAUGGGUCCCGGCAGCCGGAUCGGAAGAGGGAAAAUGAGCAGAGAGCCGUGGGGAGCACAUUUAGCCGACCUGCAGCCAGCAGGACAGCAGGGGAAAUCCAUGAUAAGGCUCUGAAAGAUGGAGGAGUGGGAGGGCCAGAUGGACAGGCACGGCCUUCAGUGCAACCGGAGCCUGAGGAGCCGGCAUUGAAGAAGCAGAGGACAGAGGUGUUAGAGGAGACUGUGGAGCAGCCUCCUGAGACAGGCGGGGUCCUGAGUGCAGCAGAGUGUCAAAGCCCACCGGUUGACUGCCAGCCUGGAGACUGUGUCAUACUGGAGGAGGGUGGGAGCACAGCUGAACCAGUGGCUGCAGAGGCAAUGGAGGAGAGCAGAGCAGCCGAGGUUCAGAGUGGAGUGUCGGCCAUGCCAGCCUCUGAGCAGCUGAGUGGUGAGAGCCAGGCAUUCACUCCAGGCCUGGAGGACAUGGCAGAGGGCAAGGCUGCCCCAGGGGCAUUGGAAAAGGGGCAGGAAGAGGGCAAGGAGGGGGGUGACGCUGCCAACAAGUUCUAUUGCUACAUCUGCACUCUGGCCUGUCACAACCAGCAGGACUUCCAGAGCCACAUGAACGGCCUGGCCCACCAGCAGAGGAUGAUGGAGAUCCAACACAUGUCCAGCGCCUGUCUGGUCACCCUGAUGCCCAGUGUCCAGGAGUCACUGCAGGGAGGCUGCGGAGACGGCUCCUCCUUGAAGGACGGAGAGAAGAAACCCGGUCCGCAGCUUUGGUGUGCUACCUGCAAAAUCCACUACACCAGUACAGUCAUGGUGCACCGCAGGACCAGGGAGCACAAGCUGGCCACCCGCACCUCCAAUCCCUCGUGUACCGUCUGCAAGAGGCACUUCAGGAGCCCACUCCUGUUCCUGGAGCACAUGCAGUCCCAGGGGCACAAGCAGAGAGUUGACGAGCUUCGGGAGGAAGGGGGGCCAAAGGCCUUGGCUGAACUGGUUGCCAUGGAUGCACUAGGCUGCUUUGUAGACGAAGAGGAGGAGGCAUGCGAGGAGGAAGAGGGGGACGAAGAGGAAAUGGAAGAUGGCGGCGAAGGCAGCUCCCAUGGGAAGGACGUCUGGCCGUCCCAGAUGGAGGUGGCUCUACUAGAGGACGUAGAUGAAGAGGAGGAGUUUGACCCUGACACGGUGUACGGUUCUAGCUUUGUGGUUCCUGUGGCUGGGUUCCUCUGUAGACUUUGCCAGCAGUUCUACCAUUUUGAGUCCUCAGCCCGCCACUUGCACUGCAAGUCACUCAAACACUUUGAGAACCUCAAGAAGUACAGGGCCUUACGUAGCCAGAAGGAUGGGACAGUGGAACCUACUCCCAUAGACGGUACGGACGGAGAUUCAGAGUGUGAUAGUAACCACACUGUCUCAGAUUCAAACAGCCUGCCUUCAGAGCUCCUCAGCAGCCCUGCCUUACUGCAGCCCACCAUCUCCAUCACCAGACUGAGGCCCUCCAGACCCUGCCCUGAACCCCAGAACAACACUCCCUCAGCCUCAUCCCUGAAGGACCUCACCACCACCAGCAGCACUGUGGGGACUCCGGCUCAAGCCUACCCAGAGAAGCAGAGCCCAGUAAACCCUGAGGACAAGGAGGAAGAGCCAACCCCAGAACAAGCACCAGUCACAGAUGAGGAAGAGCCAACCCCAGAACAAGCACCAGUCACAGAUGAGGAAGAGCCAACCCCAGAACUAGCACCAGUCACAGAAGAGGCAGAGGAGGAGCCAGUCAUGGGAGAGGCAGAGGAGGAGCCAGUCAUGGGAGAGGCAGAGAAAGAGCCAGCGGCAGUUGAGGAAAAGUCAGCCCCAGUCACAGGAGAGGCAGAGGAGGCAAAGGCAGCUGCUCCAGAAGAGAAGACGGGCAAAGGGAAAGCAAAGGGCCCAUCCAAAAGGAAGUCCGGGAGGACAACACGGAGACGUUGAGAGAGAGAGAGAGGGGGAGAAAGAAAGAGAAAGAGAGAGAGGGAGAAAGAGAGAGGGAGAAAGAGAGAGGGGGAGAAAGAGAGAGAGAGAGAGAGAGGGAGAAAGAGAGAGGGAGAAAGAGAGAGGGAGAGAGAGAGAGAGAGAGAGAGGGAGAAAGAGAGAGAGACAGAGGGAGAGAGAGAGAGAGAGACAGAGGGAGAAAGAGAGAGGGAUGGAGAGAGGGCGGAAGAAAGAAAUAAUAUCCAGUACAAUCGCUACCCUAGGACAGGGUCCCCCGCCUCUUCUGUAUAGCUCAGUAGACCUGGCAACUCAAAACCGGUGAUCCUCUUACCUAUAUUUGUAGGUGUUUAAUUUUUUAAUAACACAACUAGAUAGAAAUGACUAACGUGCAUUCAGUGGAACCUGACUGAAGAGAAUUAUGCGGAAACAAAUUGUGGAUGUGUGUGUUGCUGUCAUAAAGUGUGGAAAGGGUCAAAUGAAAAUGAAGGUCUGUUUUAGUUUAUACAUGUUGUGUUCUAGUUAGCUAAAUGUCUAACUCAACAGAUUGUUGCCAGGUUUAGGAAGGGAGUGGUGUUUUAGUCCAGGAACCGAAUGAAUCAUUAUAGCAGGCGACUUAUCUGAAAAUAUUUUGUGAUGAGGGUGGGAAGUUAAAAAGUAAAUGGUACUGUUUGAAUGUCGAGUAACUAUGAACCUUGAUUUGAUCCUAGCUUUGUUGAAGUGCUAUUGUCCUUGACAUUUUUUACAUUCUCUGAACUGUUCUGGAGAUUUCUUUGGAUGUUAGCAGGUGAGGGGAUUGGUUAGAGGGGGGUUUCAAAGGGGGAAAGUCUUAACUGCUUGGUCUAUUUAGCUCAGAUACACCCUGAGCUGCUGCUUUCCCCUCACUAUACUGCUAAAUACAUUUUAAUUGACUUGUUUAGCUCUUUAACCCCUUGAUUGCUGAAACUGCCUACAUCCCACUGGUAUCGCUCCCAAUUUGCACCUGAACCUCCAUAAGGCUGUGCGAUAAGCUCAUGGUUUUGACAAGACUAAAUUAUAGAUCAUUAGUGUUCCUGCAAUGUUAGGCAGCAGAGCAUGCUUUUAGUGAGCUUUGAAUAUAGCUGUUCUUAAUCAACUCAUAAUGUUCUAUUAUAACAGUUGUCUAGUCUAACAGAACUUGACAACUCCUGAGACCAUAAAACUAUCCUUUUCGAUGUGGCUGGAAUAGGGAGAACACAUUGGCCUAGAAUAGAUCCUCUUUGCCAUAGUUUGUUCUCAAGAGACAACCAGGUUUAUGCAAAGUUCAGUGCGCACUUAUUUUAUUUUUUCCCCUCACAGUUGGAGGCAUUUCCAAACCCUGUCACCCCAUUUUAAUGUUUAAUAUUUUUUAAAUUCCUGAACUGAUAGCAAUGUUGCAUUAACAAGCUUACGCAUCACAAACAUGACAUUGCAAAAGAGUUGAAUAGUUUUGUGCUGGGUUUCCAUCCUUUAAAAAAAAAAAAUGGAGUUGUUACUUCUUUCUUUCUCACACACCUUGUUAGCUCUGGUACACUGGACUAGUAAGAGUAGUUUUUUUUGUGUGUCUGUACAAGUGACAUUACAUGGCAGUUGUGACUGUUCACAUUGGUAACAUUAAUAUCAAGGUUAUUAUCAACAAUGUUGUAGUGGUAUGGAUGGACUUGGAAGUUUUUCAUAACAAUGAGACCUGACCUGGAGAAACUAAGGCUGCAUUUAGUCAGGCAGCACAAUUCUGAUCUUUUUUCACGAAGGCCGUGUCUACACUUGAUACUUACAUGCGACUUCUGUUAUUAGAAUAUGAAGAUGCAUUGUAUACGACAGGUCUAGAUAAACAAAAGUCGCAUUGUGGUUGGAAUUGUUUAGAUCUGGCUGACCGCCUCAGGUGGUGGUCAGACUCAUUGUGUGGAUUUCUCCUCAGUCUUUUUGCAAUCAGGCUACCAAAAGUGAAUACAGUGGGUGAUGUCACAGCACUCCGCCCACAAAUCUCCAGAAAAUAUGUUUUGGCAGCAAGAGACACCUUUUUUCAUUAAAUGGAGGAAAUGCGUUCCUAGCGUGAGGAAUGUGUUUGCUGGCUUCAUAAAUGCUAGCCUGCCAGCUUAUUUGGAAAAACAUUUUUUUGUUUGGAGUUAUAACCUGUUUUUGUAAUCUCUUUUAGCUUUGCUUGCUGGCUAAUUCGCUACAGUAGGUGGUUACUGCCAUCAAGUUGUCAGAUUUAGCCUGUUCCAGCGUUUGAAGAAAAAGGGAAUCCUGUGACAAAAUGUGGACGUGAUCAGAACUCCAUGUUCAGAAUACAGAAGUUGCAUGAACUGUCAAGUCUAGACACGGCCUAAUUGGUCUUUAAACCAGUCAGCUCUGAAAAAUAUCUGAUGUGGAAAAAAAUAUGUGAUUGGUCAAAAGACAAAUUUAGUGGGGGAAAAAAAUCAGAAUUGGUCAGGAAACUCUUUGCUUUGGGCACGGAGAAUAAAGUGUCUUUUCCCCAUUGAUAGUCAAUUAGUGUAGAAGUUGCUGUUUUUUUCUUCUUUCUCACGCAUAUCCUGUUAGCUCCAGUACACUGGACUAGUAGACUGUAUAGACUGGCAGCACAAUUCUGAUAUUUUUUUCCCUCUAUUUGGACCAAUCGCAUCUUUUUCAGAGGUGAUCUGAUUGGUCAAAAGACCAAUUAGGGAGGGGGAAAUAUCAGAAUUGGGCUGGAUAUCCAAAUGCAGCUGUAGUCAUUGAGUAGAAUUGUCUGUACAAACGUUGCAUGGCAGAGUUGUCACCUUACAAAUUAGUAACAUUAAUAUCAACGCUCUCAACAAUAAUGAAAUGAAAAAAUGAUAUGACUUCGGAGUUUUUCAUAACCAUGAGACCUCAGCGGGGUAAUCUAACUGGUCAGGAAAAUCUCUUGGCUCCAGGCACAGAGAAGGAAGUGUAUUUCCCUAGUGGUAAUAAAUGUGUAGCAGUCUAAAUGUUACACAAACUGAGAACCAGCAGUUUUGAUUUGGAAGUACACCAACAGAAGAAAUUGAAUGAUUCACCAGCUUGUGAUCUAUUUAAUUGACGAGACGUGGAUAACCAUUUGUCACUGGCCUCUUGGUGAGAGGAGACCUGAAUAUAGGAUAAUUUUUUAUAAGUUACAGACAGAACUACAUAAGACCGAAUCAAGUAAUGUAGCACUCCAGUUAAGAGUCCCCAAUCACAGCCACUGUAUUUUUCUUCAAGGAACAUGUAAGGAAUAAGUCUCUCCCAGAUGAUACUGAUGCUUUCAGUCAAUGGGCAGUUGUUUUUAUUAGUUCACUUGUACAGAGGAAGAGCAGAUGCAUAGACUGUUUAAACAGGCAGCCCAAUUUUCAGAAUUUUUUUCUGAGAUCUUAAGUCAAAAUACCAAUUAGAUCAGAAUUGGGCUAACUGUGUAAACAACCCAUAUUGGCUUUGAUGAAAGCAAGGUCAUUUGUCUUCUAGUCUCUGGUUUGCGUCCCACUGAAAUAUUAUAAAGGACCAGAGCACGACAGAAAGGGUCAUUUAUGUGACAUUUCAAACAGCUGUAUGUUUCUUAAUGUAUUUCUAUUCUACAAAUGACACGGAUGAACAAGUGUUUUCUAGCAGCUGGAAGUUUCAUGUAUUUUUGGGAUGUUUUCUGUAUUGGGGUCAUUUUAAUUUAUAAUAAUAAAAUUUGACAAUUGUC